AAACGCUACGACAAACUCAGCAUUCCAGCCGAGCGGGUCGAUGUUUAGCGACAACGAUGGUCGCACAGUGUCCGCCCGCACAUACACGUGUACGACGGCUGUGUCGGAACCCUUCAGCAGCGAAGGCGACCAGUGCUGCCACCUGGGGUCAUCCGUCUUCCCGGACCUUGAUAGUGACGACGGCCUGUUUCACACAGAGGUAUUGUUUGCGGUUCAACGAUACUUCAGUCUGCAUGGGCUGGCUAGCGGACCCCACCCUCUCAACAUCCCCGACACGCUCAUCAGUGACAUUCUUCCAAAGCUGGCCUCACAGGUGAUCGGUCGUUCGCGCAUGGUCAGCGGCAUCGUGUUUGACGUUGUGACGCACCUGUGUGGACGCGCGGUGCCGGGCCUGCAGGUGAAGGGUGUGUCCGGCCCGCAGACACCUGCCGAGGUGUCACAGCUUGUGCUGCAGUACGCCGCCCUGCUCAAGUUCCUCAGCCAUUACAACGAAUCGGAAGAUGCUGACGAUGCGGAGGAGGAGUUGUCAGACCACUGCUCAGAGUCUGCGGCGAGUACAUCCCUGCCAGGUGCAUAUCCACGCUGA